AUGAAUACUCGACCACAAGGCUUAUUACCUAGUGACACUGAAAAUCCAAGCCCAAAGGGGAAAGAGCACUAUAAAGCUUUCACUCUUAGGAGUGGUAAACAAACUAGUGAACCAGUUAUCUAUUCUACUGUAGCAUCCCCAGAUAUUGGUGACAUAAACCCUGAUAGGAAGGUCGAUGCUGAAGAGCUUGUAGAUGUACCAGACAAAGAAGUACCGCCAACUGUCGUUCACAUGCCUUAUAUUCGACCCUCGAAAUUGUGGAUGCAACUAAAAGUAUCGCCUCAACCAAAUGUACUUUUAUCUAUACCUUUUCCACAAAGAUUCAAGAGGAAUGAAAAUUAUAAACAGUAUCAGCAGUUUUUGCAUACACUGGAACAACUGCAGAUCAACAUCCCUUUAGUGGAUGCUCCGGUACAAAUUUCUAAUUAUAGGAAAUUUAUGAAAGACCUCUUGUCCAAGAAGAAAAAACUCACUGAUGUUGAAACUAUUGCACUCACAGAAGGCUGUAGUACUGUCUUGAUAAAUAAGUUUCCCCCUAAAUUGAAAGAUCCUGGAAGCUUUACCAUUCCAUGUUUGAUUGGCAAAUAA